AUGUCCCAAAAUCGGGCAGUUCGGAGCCUCCCAUUUAGGGUUGUUUUCCUAUAUCUGGUCCAGACUCUCCACCUUCUGACAAAGUCCAAUAUGUGGCCCUUAUCACAGAAAUUGGUAGAGCUCCUGGGCAUGGCGACCGUCUCCGCCCUCCCCAAGACCUGCCACGCGCCGGAGCUUCCUCUCCCCCUGCGACAAGUCUGUCAAUUCCCAUCCUUCCCCACCUACCUGGGGAAUCUCUACGUGCGCUCCAACGGCGAUCACCUUGCCGUGGCCGCCUUCCUCGACGCCUAA